AUGGAGCAGGGAGACCAGCCCAGCCCAGCCCGCUCCCCGAGCAGUUCCUCCGCCCGCGGGGCAGCGCCUCGCGUGGGCCGGAGCCUGCCCGGGGCACCUCGGCCGAGCUGGAACCCUCCUUCGCCAGCACCACAGGACAGCGGGCCCGCCGAGCCCGCCAGGGGCGACCGCUCCCGGCUCGCCUCCGGCCGCCCGCCACCGGCCCCGCUCCCGCAGGACGGGCCCAGACCGACCGGGAAGAAGCCGGCCAAGCCGCUGAGGACUCCCGGCGCUUUCGCUCGGGCCCACCGCGGCGGGCCGGUGCCCCCCGCCCCCUCCUACCUGCCGGCAGCCCCGGAGCUCGGUCCCGGCGGUGAAGGCCGCACUGGCUCCGAGAGGCUUCGCGUUACCCCUGACAACGGGGAGCGCCCCCAGCACGGAAACUGCCGACCUAGAGCCGAAGAGUCACGGAAACAGCCGAAGCGGUCCGCGGGCACGCCGGAGAGAGACGGAAAGUGCCGAGCGCGCUCGGCCGCGGUGCCCAGCCGGCGGGUGCGGGCCGGCACUGAGCGUCCCGCGCUCUCUGCCCGAAGCCAGCGGCGACCGCGCUCCGGGCCGGGUCGCCUUCGCCCCCCGAACGAAGGGGGGCUGGAAGCGCCGCUGCCCCCAGCCGGGCCCUACCCCCCCGAAGCAUGUUACCGAAGGAGGGCUGCCCCUUCGCCGGGCUGCGCGGCAGGCCCCGCGCCCCCACCCACACCCUGCCCCUCGGCAGGGAAACCAGCAAACAGCUGCGGGCACGGCCCCACCUCCCCCUUGGAUACCCACCCUCGGGGCUCCGGCUGGUGA